AGGCAGCACCCAGCACAUACACGAAGAAGUCACGUCAUAAGUCACCUUUUUACUUAAAUACACGCGUGGGAAAGAGAAAACGGCUGCAGUCACAGCUUUUUUUUCUCACCGAGCUGCCAAAAAGCGUCCCAACAUCUGGAGAAAAGAGGGGCGAGCCGGAGAAAGUUUUGAAGGAGGCGGAGAGGAAGAGAAAGAAGAUCUCAAGUGGAGAAAAAUGCACUGAAAAUGCACUGAAAAUCUUUUUGGGCUCUCCGUGGACAAGAUUCGUGGAAGUGUGCAUUGAUAAGAGUGGAGGGGGGACGAGGAGGGGAAGGAGGUCUGUGAUGGUGAGAAGUCCACCUGGAGAGGUCAGAGAAUGAAUUAGUCUAAAGAUCUUCUACACAUCUACACGCAAGGCUAGCGCCUCGGCCCCUCCGCCCCCCUCGAAAAUAGCCAGGCCCAUGUCCAUGGAUGAGGAGAGGAGUGUUCCUGCCAUUUCCCCAGAGCCACCUGAUGAUGGGGACCCUGUUCCAGCAGCCCCCCAACCCAGUUUACAUGUAAACGCUACUAUAGAGACUGAAAAUAGAAGCCUGAUCCCAACAACAAGUCGAGAUGUGGCCAACACCUACACUGAGCCCCUCAUAUUGAGGUCACAAGGCGAUGACGGAGGCAAGUGUAACAGCAGCCUCUUGCACUCGGAACUUACAGCACCCAGCAGGAGUAUCACAAGUCAACCAACAGCCAGAUCCACACCCAUCCACCCAACCCAACCAUGUCGGACACAGCCUAGCAGCCAACUACGCAACGGAACCAAACACCAUGCACACACUCACUCCCCUCACUGUCCGCAUCCCACGCCUCACACACACGCACUCCAGUCUGGCGGGGACAAGAACGGCGGUCCUCAUGAGCAUCCGAAACUGGGCUCCCUCCCAAGAGGAGGCUCAUCCACCUCAUCCUCCUCGUCAGCAGGACCCAAGCACGGCAAGAAGUUGCAGUCUAACCCUUCCAUCACCUCCCAGAGCAGCAAGAGGAGCAAAGGAAGCUCCAAGAGUAGUUCAAAGAGCAACAGUUCUAAGAGCAACAGCUCCCAGAUUCCCACAGAAGCACAGGAUGACUGCUGCGUUCACUGCAUCCUGGCCUGCCUCUUUUGUGAAUUUCUGACGCUGUGUAACAUCGUGCUGGACUGCGCCACCUGCGGCUCGUGCGCGGGCGACGACUCGUGUUUCUGCUGCUGCUGCGCGUCCGAGGAAUGCGGUGACUGUGAUCUACCGUGCGACAUGGACUGCGGCAUCAUCGACGCCUGCUGUGAGUCUGCCGACUGUCUGGAGAUCUGCAUGGAGUGCUGCAGCCUUUGCUUCUCUUCCUGAGGUCACGGCGCACACUUGUCUGAAUCCUAUCUCCAGGAAGCCCAGGAGCGACUUUAAUCAGUCUCUUGUCAAAGCUGCAAAGUGCUACAUUCAGUCUUUGUUGUCAUAGCUUGGCUUGGACUCUGUGGCUCUCACUAUAUUGGCUUACCACAGUAUGUCUCUCACAAAAGAUGUGACCAAACACUGAGAGCAGUCAAUGGUGAAUUCCUCCCUCUUUUAUGGAUCAAACCAUAGAACAGCAGCCUCUCCUGCUUUGUGCUUGCUGUUGGGCCGUCACUGCACAGUUGGAUGUGUGCUGCAGUCUCAGCCGUCUUUCACGAGUGUGCGCAGACCGGAUUGUUCCAAUGGAGCCCCUUGUGUCGUCUUAAGUGACUAGAGUUCUCCAAGCAUGAAAAAUGACCUCUAAAGGCAAAUGAGAAAAUGGAUCCAUUUAACCGGAUUUUAGUGUUUCUGUUGAUAAGAGCGGCAGCAUAAUGGAAAAAUUGAAGCUGGGCUCUCAGUAGAACUGUCUCAGUCUGUCCUUGGCAAGGUUAAAGUCUUCCAGUUUGAUUGCGUGCCGUGGCCUUUGUGACACGAGCGGCCCGAGAGGCUGAUGUUGGAUCCACUGAUGUCUUUGUCUGUGGAGAAAUGUACAAAACACAGAAUAAUGGCGGCUUGUGGCAAUAUUAUAGACACAUUUCCUUUGUUCGUUAGCGUCUCAUUUAGCAGACUUAAUCAGCGAAGAAUCAUGAGAGAGUCAUUCAUCAGCCUGCAGAUGAAGCGCAUCAAAUCAGCACCGUUAGUGAUGGACAUCGGCGAGCAGGCUUUGAUGGCAUUCACAAUGGUCACUAAAUUCUCUGCUUAACAUGUGAAGGGAGAGUCCUCCAUCAAAUGUCUCUCCUCAUUUAUAGUUCACAUCUUGUUUACUUUUACAUUUGUUUGAGGAGCUGUAGUCUUCCUCGUCCCCGUGGUCAAAACUGGUAGAAGAACUGAAAAGGCAGAGAUAGUCUUUAAUACAUUUCAUCUUUCUUUGUCACUCUCGUCAUAUGAACAAAUGGCCUCCUCGGCUUAGCUCACUGCCUCUAUUUCCGAGUAGAUUCCAAAUCUGUAUUAAUCCUUUUUGGGGGGCUAGAUUGUAGUUAAGAUAUUUGCAUUUCUUCUCUAAUGUGAAAAUCACAUUUCUGUGUUAUCAGGUUUGGCCAAGCUCACUGUAGAGCAGGUGCUGCUCAACAUCUAAUUUAAUCCCUCCAGUGAAAAUCUCAUAUGACAUUAUGCUAAGUUAGAUCCACGGACCUGUAGUAUGAAUGGUACGCUUCUGAUAACAGGCCCAACUCUCAUACCAUCAGACACUUUCUCCAACCCAAUACCUCUUUAAUAUGUGCUUUUUAAAUGACUUGAUACAAUCUUCUCCUCUUUCGAUUCAGUACUUGUGCAAUUAAUUUUUAAAUACCAAAGUUUACUUUGGCUGGACCUUAGUUUCAUACUUAUAAAUGUGCUUGUACAUAGAAGGGUUUGUGUUAUGUGAUUAAGUUGGAUUAAAACCCCAUUUCCUGUUGAAUGCAGUGGAACCUCGGUUAGCGUACGCCCCGGUUAGCAUGUUUUCCAGUCAACACCGAAUAUUUACACCGAAAUUUGGUGUUAUUUUGCGUACAUUUUGCGGUUAGCGCACAAUAUGGCGCAUCUUGAAGUGUUAUUAAUACAACGUGUGAGUCCAUCUGUUUUCUUGAUGUAUUUUUAUCACAAAAUGUUGUUGUUAGCAGCCUAUUAGCUUGCUACUACAUAAAACAGGAACCCAAAGUCAGCUCCCCGGCCGUCAUCAGCGGUUGAUGCUGUAGUUCUUGGCUAAUUAACACAGUUAUGCCUAAAUUCUCAAAAAUGUGACCAUAAAACAUGUUUGUAUUGUUUUACAAUUAUAGUUGUUACAAAUUACAUGUAUAAACCAACAUUUAAGGUUACUUUUACCUUCGUUGGAAACUGACAAAGUCACGAUGUGGCAGCGAGAGCAACAUGGACACCACCUUUGUGUAUUGCCAUGAGUUAUUUCUUGAAUUCAAUAGCGUUUCUCACCUUUGUUAUCAAAUGAAGGCACUUGCAACUUUCUCUAGCUGCGUUUUGGGUCUUUGUGGACUUGGAAAAGACAUCCCACCGUGUUCCUCGCUGUGUCCUGUGAGGGGUGCUCCGGGAUAUGGGAUUGGUGGCAUGCUGCUACGUGCCAUUCGGUCCUUGUACAAGCGGAGCAGGAGCGUGGUUCACAUUGCCAGCAGUAAGUCAAGCCUGUUCCUGGUGAACGUUGGCCUCAGCUAAGGCUGCCCUUUGUCACCGAUUGUGUUCAUAAUUUUCGUUUACUGGGGCGGUUUGCAGCUGAGUGUGAAGCACUCAGCACUUCCAAAUCUGAGGUUCUCAGUCGGAAAAGGGUGGAUUGGGAGUGAGGUCUUGCCCCAGGUGGAGGAGUUCAAGUAUCUCGGGGUCUUGUUCACGAGUGAGGGAAGGUUGGAGCAUUAAGUCGACAGGCACAUUGGCGAAGUGUCUUCAUUAAUGCGGUCGCUGCGCCGGACCGUCGUGGUGAAAGAGAGAGCUAAGCCGGAAGGCAAAGCUCUCAAUUUACAGGUCGAUCUAUGUUCCCGCCCUCACCUAUGGUCAUGAGGUUUGGGUCGUGACCGAAAGAACAAGAUAGGAUACAAGCGGCGAAAAUGAGUUUCCUUCGUAGGGUGGCUGGACUCACCCUAAGAGAUAGGGUGGGGAGCUCGGCCAUCCGGCAGGGACUCAGAGUAGAGCCGCUGCUUCUUCGCAUCGAGAGGAGCCAGUUGAGGUGGCUCGGGAAUGUAGUCCCUGGUGAGGUGUUCCGGGCAUGCCCAGCCGGCCCCGUGGCAGACCAAGGACACGCUGGAGGGAGUAUGUCAGGUGAGAAACACUUGAAUUUAAAAAUAACUCAUGGUAAAACACAAAGGUGGUGUUCGUGUUGAUCUCGCUGCCACCUUGUGGCAGUCAUAUGAAGGUAAAAGUAACCUGAAAUGUGGAGUUAUACAUGUAAUUUGUCAGUAAUAUACAUUUAGAAUUGUUUUACACAUGUAAAACUAUCAUUGUAAAACUAUAAAAAUGUGUUUUGUGGUAUUGUGGUUUUGUGGUACGUGAAUUUCUCUUGGAGAUAAACAAAGUAUCAACCUAACUAGCAUUUUUCAGAAUUGAGGCAUGACUGUUAAUUAGCAAAGAACUGCAGAAUCAGGUAAAAAGUAACCUUAAAUAAUCAUUUAACCCUUUCAUUUAUCAUUUCUAUGUUUUGAUAUGCAUUUUGAAUGCAAUUUUGUUUUCUGCAUGUAAAAUUACAUGACAUGAUUUCUAAUGGGAAAAAUAGGUUCGGUUCGCAUCACUUUCAGUUCGAGUCGGACCUUCUGGAACGGAUUAUGACGCUAACCCAGGUUCCACUUUAUACAGAAAGGAGGGAAUAACAAGGCUGAUAAGAGCGAUCCUGAUAAUGCAAGUUUCGGGAAAGAAAGUGGAACUGGAGAAGUUGUUCUUACAAAGUGUUUCCUGACAUGUUUAAAAUGAUCAUCCUGGAAAGCUCUGGAAAACAAUGCAAUAUUUCACAGUGCAGAGAGAUUUACGACGAGACAACUGGACGAUAGAAUGCUACACGACAUAAAAAUGGAUUACGAUGACAUUUUUGGGGUAAGAUGCAAAAUAUUCCAAAGCGGAGAGUCAAUAGCACUUUAACUGGGAGCUGCUUCUCUGUCACCAGACCAACCAUAGACAAAUCAUAAUAAAAAAUUAUAUGCAAUGCAAAAGCUAACGUUUCUACAAGCCAUUACAUAUUUGGUUUUGGGUUUGUUUUUUUUUUCAAAAUGAAUGCACAAGGGCCGCUGUCACUAGUGGUUAGCAUCUUGGCCUUGCAAUCAGGAGAUCAAGAGUUCGAAUCUCUGUUUGGAUGUCUCCGUGUAGAGUUUGCAUGUCUCCCCGUGUGUGCGUGGGUUUUCAUGUGUGUGGCACUCCCACAUUCCAAAAAACAUGCAUGUUAGCCGAAUUGGUAAAUUGUUCAUAUGUACGAAUGGGAGUGUGAAUGGUGGUUUGUAUAUAUGUGCCCUGCAAUUGGCUGGCGACCAGUCCAGGGUCUAUCCCGCCCUGCACCCGAAGUCAGCUGGGAUAGGCUCCAGCUCACCCGUGACCUUAAUGAUUACAAGCAGUAUAGAAAAUGGACGGAUGGAUGACUGCACAACCUAAAUUCUAGUAGACUUUUAAUUACAACAGUGUCAUUAUUGUACUCUGAUGUACAUUUGCACUCAGGCACAUUUUUGGUGUUCCGCGACAUGAAUUAUGUCAAAUAUGUGUAAUCUGUUAAAAGGAUCGUCAAGGACUAGAGCAUAUUCCAAUUUCGUGUAAUGACGUGGCGCAUGUUUAAUGGCCUUCAAAUUGUCAUUUAGAGCAGCAAUUGUUGUUCCGGGGCUCCCCCUACAGUGAAGAAGUGGAAUUUACUUGUGAGUAACUGCUAACACGCAUUUGUCGACAUGCUAAUGUACACACAAAAUGCUAACAAUUUUGUACGAGCAGGACACACUACAGUAUUCUGAAAAGUUUACAGUUUAUAUUGUUGAAAGGUCAGAUUCGAUCUGGGUGCAAAGUAAAUACUGAUUGGUUGGUCUGGAAAUAGAGAGCACAUCUGGAGGUGGAUAACACCUAAAGAAUGCCGGUGGGCUAAAAAUAUAUCAUGGGUGUUGUUACUGGAAAUACAGAUUAUAUGUACCGUAACAUUUAUUUUCUGGUAUUCUGACAUGAUGCUCAUACUGGAAGAUGUUCUUUUUAUUUCCGUUCCCACUUCUUUAACCUUGACCACAAACAUUUGUAACAUUGUGGACCUGUAAUCUUUAUUUUGAGAUAGAUAUUUAAAAAGUUUCCUGCUAGUAGUCUUAAAUCCAUCUUAGUCCAGAUGAACUGUUUUACUUGAUUGUCUCAAUUAUGUCAACUUGUUUACAAUAUCACAACUUCAUGUUCAUUUCAGUUGCUGUCUUGGAAGUCACAUUCAAACUUGUUUUUUGUUUCAUACUGAAUAAACAAUGUGAACUCCACACAACACGGA